CAGCAUUUAUUUUGCAGUGAGCCCUUAUAGAGGGAGCGCGCACCCCGAGGAGCAAAAGUGGCACUGUCAAGCUCCGUCCCUAGGAACUACACUCAGCAUCUCAGCAUCAAGCCACCGUACGUUUGAUACGUUUGAACGGUGCCUGUGAGCAUCUGUGCUUUAUCUCAGUUUAUUUUGCCAAGUUCCAAUGGACCUGUAAAGAAGUCCAUGCGUGAGAAGGCUGUUGAGAGAAGGAAUGUCAAUAAAGAGCACAAUAGUAACUUCAAAGCCGGAUAUAUUCCGAUUGAUGAAGAGCGCCUCCAUAAAACGGGGCUGAGGGGGAGAAAAGGCAACUUAGCCAUCUGUGUGAUUAUCCUCUUGUUCAUCCUGGCGGUUAUCAAUUUAAUUAUAACGCUUGUUAUCUGGGCUGUGAUUCGCAUUGGACCAAAUGGCUGUGACAGCAUGGAGUUUCAUGAAACUGGUCUACUUCGCUUUAAACAAGUAUCUGACAUGGGAGUUAUACGUCCUCUUUAUAAGAGCACAGUAGGAGGAAGGCGAAAUGAGAAUUUGGUCAUCACUGGCAAUAACCAGCCUAUUGUUUUUCAGCAAGGGACAACAAAGCUCAGUGUAGAAAAGAACAAAACUUCUAUUACAAGUGACAUUGGUAUGCAGUUUUUCGACCCAAGGACUCAAAAUAUCUUAUUCAGCACAGACUAUGAAACUCAUGAGUUUCAUUUGCCGAGUGGAGUGAAGAGUUUGAAUGUUCAAAAAGCAUCUACUGAAAGGAUUACCAGCAAUGCUACUAGUGAUUUAAAUAUAAAAGUUGAUGGACGUGCUAUUGUGCGUGGAAACGAAGGAGUAUUCAUUAUGGGAAAAACCAUUGAAUUUCACAUGGGUGGUAACAUGGAAUUAAAGGCAGAAAACAGCAUCAUCCUAAAUGGAACUGUGAUGGUUAACACAACUCGCCUCCCCAGUUCCUCCAGUGGAGACCAGUUUGGUUCUGGCGACUGGGUGCGCUACAAGCUCUGUGUGUGUGCUGAUGGAACUCUCUUCAAAGUACCAGUAACAGGCCAGAACAUGGGCUGCCAGAUCUCAGACAACCCCUGUGGAAACACUCAUUAGAAGAACCCGAGAGGUUAUCAAUGUGUUCCUAUCUUGACUUGACUUUUUUUUUAAAGGAUAUGCAUGCAAAUCAUAUUUUUACAGAGUUUGUGAUAACUCAUAAUUAUUUUAUCUGCAGAGCACUGCUGUGUCUGUUAUAUAAUCUCCAUAUUUAAAAUAUUCUCAGAGAUCCUAAAUUCUAAUACAUUUCAUUAAGUUGCACUGAACUUCAAAUUAUAGUCUCUAAAAUAAUUAUCAGAAGUGAAUAAAAUCUAAAUUAAUAUUUAAAGAAGUGGUUUUUUAAAUUCCACUAUUCCUUGUCUAAAGGAUGGAGGGCUGAAGCAACUGUUCAGACUCACUAUAAGCAAGUUUUUGGUAACUAAUGGGGAUAGACCCACUGAAGAUUUUUAAAAGGUACACUGUUAGUAAAUGUUACAUGCUCUGUCUCCUGGUUUCUGAGAGGAAAGACAGAUUUUUUUUAUAUAUAUAUAAUAUUACUUUCCUUUUUUUUUUUUUUUUUUGCUGAGAAGGAUUUGCCCUGAGCUAACAUCUGUUGCUAAUCUUCCUCUCUUUUUUUUCCCCCUGCCAAAGCCCCAGUACAUAGUUGUAUAUUCUAGUUCUAAGUGCUUCUAAUUCUUCUAUGUGAGCCACCUCCACAGUAUGGCUCCUCAUAGACAGGUGGUGUGGUUCACCUGGGAAGCAGGCCCAGGCUCCCAAAGAGGAAUGCACCAAACUUUAACUGCUAGGCCAUCGAUGCUGGCUCAGGAAAGAUAGAUUUUUAGUGUGUUAACUUUCAGCCCAAUUCUCACACGCAAGUGAAAUCAUUAAAGACUUCACGUAUGUGAGAUAGUAAGAAACUAUGGUUCCUUAGGUUUGCACUAGGAGGAAAACACUCUGUAACAGGAUGUUUACUCGUUAAAUAUUGAUAAAUAUUAAGUGUUCACAAUGUGGUAGAAAUUAAAACACCAUCUCAGCUUUAACUUCUAAAUAAUGAUGCUAGCUGUCAUUUAUUGAGCAUCUUAUACAUCCGAGGCAUUGUCCUAGGCAUUACAUGUGUGAUGUCUCUAAUUCUCACCACAACUCUGUAAGUAGGUCUUAUCCCAGUUUUACCUGUUAGGAAACUGAGGAUCAGAGAAGUUAAGAAAUUUGCCUAAUGUCACACAGGAAAAGCAGGGUUGGGAUUGGAAUUCAGGUGUGGUUCAAACCUAUAUGUACCUGCUUGCAAAUACCAUGUUCUUUUCACUAUCUGCACUGAAGUUUUAAUUAUAUGAAACUCUAGAAAGAUGAAGAAAGACUAAUUCAAACUUGCCUAAGCAAAUAAGAAUCAAACAAAACAGGUAUGCUUAGUCUAGUUAAAAAAUAAUACUAAAUCAAUCUCAUGUCAAAAAAAUAUGACCAAUCACUGUCAGAUUUUAAACUAUCUUAAGCCAAUUCCAACAUAUGGUACUAUUGAGAGAUCAAAUUACCCUAGUUGUGGGUUACCCUGGUUUCCCAACAGGUGGGCUUUGGCACCUUGGAGUACCUGACUGGGUGAAAGGGUUGCCAAGAUAUACUCUCAGUCUUCAGGGCAACACAGUGGGAAGUGGGGAGGCCAUGGCCCCAGGUAAGUCCUGCUGGCCAGGAAUGGCCUGGUGGGUUCCCCCCAGUGUGCCAUGCAAAUAUUACCCUUUCUGAUGUGUGCCAUGCCUUGAAAAAAGUUGGGAAGCACUGGACUAAAGGGUGCUAAUGCAGGAAAUAAUACAAGUAAUGUUUAAGUAUGAGAAUUGAUCUCUGCUGCUAAUAUCACUAUCCCAUUGUAAUGAUUUAUGACCCUCAAGCCAGUUGAUUUUUAAUGUAUUUUAUAUUUGACUUGAAAGGAACUCUCUGGUAUCAUUAAGACACACACAUCAGGGACAGAGACUUCAAAGUACCUUGCUGUAAAGUAGGCAGUAGGGAUAAAUCAUAGGCCCCACUCUGCAUCCAAGUGUAUCGUGUUCUGUCAUGGUCACUUUGAACUGUGUAGAUGAGAAAAUCAGUACAAGACAAAUUUG